GGACCAUUUUUUCCUGAAAUAAAAUGACUGCCAGACAACAAUCUAUGAUUUCCAAAGUGCCUCGGUAUGCAGCAAUGGUGUUUUUGGAUCAAACUUGUGGGAUUAUCCCUACCACCAAAAUUAUGACCGGGACAACAAAAUUAGAGGAAGUUGUGAAAUGCAUAUGGGACGGAGAGGAAGUGGAAGGGAAAAUUGUUGGAUUGAACAAUUCUCCAAGUGAGCUUGGCAUGAUUCUUGAAGACUUUGAGAGCAGACCAAGCAGCAACCAGCCAUCUCCAAUAAGCAGCCCAUCUCCCCCACCAAAAAAGAAAGUCAAAGUGAAUAAUCCAAUUUUAAAUAAAAAGAAAUCAACUGCCCAGACACUGACAUCAGGCUGUGCAGCAGUGUAUGACUUCAUUGGUGAUGAUCCAAUGUUGACAUCAACGCGUCUGAUGUAUGAUCUAGACACAGAAGUGACAGAGAUCAUAAAAGAUUCGUCAGCAAACUUUAAAAGUCAGGAAGUCCAGACCUGUGUUGUCACAUACAACAACACCACACAGACAGACCCGCAAACAGACUCAAACAAGGACAUGUUCAAUCAAAUUAUGAACCGUAUCAAUCAGAUAGAAUCAAAAGUGGAUAGAAUCCUGGACAUGUCUAGUAACAUAUCUAAUGUUAAUAGUACCCCUAAUCCACAAACUGAUCAUGAUGUCUUUGUAUUUUCAACACCUCCAAGCUGCAAGUAAAACUAAAUUUCCUGUGUAAAUAUACAUUCGAAAAAUCUGGAAAUGUAUAAUCUCUCG